AUGCCACCCUUUCAAACUUUAGACCAUCAUACAGCAUUAGAAAAUGAAACUCCGGAAACCCUUAAUGAAAAAACAUGGGCUGAUUUAAUUGCUUUAUGCCAAGAUCGAAAGUUAAAUGCGGAAGGUGAUAAAGUCACAUUAAUACAACGACUUUUGGAUUGGAAAUUAAAUACACGCCCAGUUCCUGCACCUUCAACUCCACGUCUUUUUUCAGCAGACGGGCCAAAUAAUUUGCGACAGGAUAAAAUAAAUUCCGUAUAUAUGACAUCAUUGUUUCUUGAUGAUGAUGAUUUAGCAAGAGAAAUUCGUUAUAGUGAAUUGGAAAUAGGAAGAAAAUUGGGAUCAGGUGGAUUUAAAGAUUGUUACAUUGGGCGAUAUAAAGGGGAAUCUGUUGCUAUUGGAGAACUUCGAGUAGCAAAUUUUUCAGAUACAGAUUUUAAAGAAAUUAAACAUGAAAUAAAUGUUCUCAAGCAGCUACGACAUGAAAAUAUCAUACGUUUCAUCGGUGUAUCGACGAAUACAAAACAUUUAUGCAUUGUUACAGAAUUAUGUGAUAAUGGUGAUUUAUUUGAUUAUAUGAGAUUGAGUCCGAAACCAUCGUUUACUCAAAUGAUAAUGUAUAUGCAUGAUAUUGCACUGGGUGUUUCUUACUUACACACGCGACGUCCUAGCAUUAUUCAUAGAGAUUUAAAAUCGAUGAAUAUUUUAGCAAUAAAAAUAAAUGAUUUUGGUCUCGCUCGUAUUCGACCCAGAGCAAAGGCGAGCGUGCAUACACAAUGUGGUACACCGAAUUGGCAAGCACCUGAAUUUUGGUCACCUAAGCCUAGUUAUACCGAAAAGGUUGAUGUAUACGCAUGUGGCCUUAUAUUUUGGGAAAUCUUGACAUGGGCUGAAUUUGGAUAUCCAUAUCAAAAUUUUUCUGAACAUCAAUUGUACGAAGCAGUACGAGAUAAAGGUGUUCGUCCAAGCUUGGAAACUUUAAAAAUAUGUCCAUACAAGUUAUUAAACUUGAUUGAGACUAUGUGGAAGACAAAUCCAAAAGAUCGGCCUAGUAUGGGAAUCGUAGUUGAACAACUUGUAGAAUUUUUAACUUAG